AUGGAUAGAUUGCGGGUAACACUUGAGGAAUCAAUAAUAACAACUCAAUGGGUAAGAGACCCGGAAACGGAGGAGGAAAAAUCUCAGUUUGAAGAAUUAAUAUCGUUGCUCAUGGUGACUGACAUACGGGGCAGAGAUGAUACAUGGGCCUGGAAUCUCGAAUCAGAUGGAGGGUUCACAGUUAAGAGUCUUAGAAGACGGAUGGAACAAGCUAGUAACCCGGGUCCGGGUUUGGGUUUUGAGUGGAAUAAUUGGGUACCGUUAAAGGUAAAUUUUCUUGCGUGGAGGAUAUAUAUGGGUCGGGCAGCAACAAUGGAUGGGUUACGUAGGAGAAACGUGCAUUUAGAUUCGUAUCUGUGCAAAAUGUGUGGCGAGGUAGAUGAAACCGAAGACCAUUUGUUUUCCGGAUGCCAGUUUGCAUUAGCCGUGUGGGAUUGUAUCGCCGAAUGGACCAGAUGCCCAAGACUGUUUGCUUUCACCGCUAAGGAUAUUACUACAGUCCAUAAUCAGGUCCGCGGCUCUACAAAAUGGAGAAAACUUAUGCAACUGAUAGUCAUGGUGACUCUUUGGGGAAUAUGGAGGAGCAGAAACGACCGGGUCUUUAACGAUAAGGAGGCUAGCGUGGAGGAAGUAAAGCACGGAAUUCGCCAACUAAGCUUAUUAUGGUUCAAAUAUAGAGCGAAAAGAUUAUUGGUAACAUGGGAUCAAUGGUGUAAUAUGGAAUUGUCGUGUAUGAGUCUGUGA